CCUGAUUCCAGCAGUACUCUAAACAAAUAGAACAAUGAAUAACGACGACCACAAUACUACGGAUGGCAACUGCUUUACCACUCUAAGGAAAACGGAAGACAGGGCAGAGCCAAAGGAUAAAGUGGCACGUAUGGUCACUGGACGCUACGCCAGUGAUUAUAAAAUGAAUCACAAGUAUCGGGGUUUGGCGCUAAUCUUUGGUCAUGAGCAUUUUGAUGCAUUACAGAGCCGCAUUGAAACCGAUGUAGAUACCAAAAAUCUAACGGAAGUGCUAACGAAACUCGAUUUCUGUGUGCGAGACUUUAAAGAUUUGAGACACAAAGAAGUGAUGGAAAAAAUUAAGGAAACGGUGGAAAUGGAUCAUACGGAUCACGAUUGCAUUCUAAUUUCGGUGCUUUCGUAUGGUUUGUGCGAUUGGGUCUACGCCAAGGAUACAUUAUAUCGCAUGGAUGAUCUCUGGAAUGCGUUUACGGCGGACAAAUGCCCAACGUUGGCGGGCAAACCGAAACUUUUUAUCGUUGAGGCGAGUCGCGGCGGACAACGCGAUAAAGGUUAUCGAAUGUCUGGUCAAACUCAGACGGACAGCGAUUCCCAAUCAAACUAUAGAAUUCCAAUACACGCAGACUUUCUGGUUGCCUUCAGCACCAUUCCCAACCACUGCACCUGGAGCGAUUCCAUCAAGGGCAGCUGGUUCAUUUACAGUCUCUGCCAAGAACUUUCGAGCUCUGGCAGGAAAAUGGAUCUGCUCAUGCUCCUGACGUUUGUUGCUCAACGGGUCGCCGUUGAUUUUGAGACCUACGACGAGGGAUAUAAGCAAAUUACCUGCACCAUGUCCACGCUGACCCGCAUUGUGCAUUUCGAUGACCACAAAAUCGCCACUGCGCGUAACUCAUACUCCAAGUGACGAAUUAACAGUAUUUAGCAACAGCCUUGACAAAAACCACAGCGUUUCCUGUAUUUACCAACACUAUCUUCACACCAAAAAAAACAACAAAAAAAAAAUGGUGCAGCCUUACACCAAAAAAAAAAACUUAGCCGCUGCAACGACCGAUCUCAAACAUUUUCACAUUAUUUAUCAGGCACACCAAUUGGAAAAAAACACACACACGGAUCACAAAACGCGCGCACUGCAACUAUAGAUUAUCCACCGGCAUUGGCAUAAGCGAUUGCCAAAAAUCGUCCCUAUCGAUUGCAAUUCGAUUUGCAUUUGCAUUUCGUAGCAUUCCACUAAAACAUAAUAUUCUUAAUAUAAUAAUCUUUGACAAAUAUUAAUCGCAACUCGUAUAAAAUUAAUAAGUUACAAAAACGAAUUCACCGAAAAUUUUCAUUUAAAAAACAUGAUGCGCUUAUUGCAACUAGAGGUAAUCUACCAUAACGUAUCUGAUGCAUCCACCGAUCUCCAACAUUUUCACUGUAUCUGCAGGAUCGGGUAACUGAUAAGCAUUUCACUCGAUAAUUAUUCACAAACCUAACAUUAUUUACAAACAAAUUAAAACCGGCACAACAAUUGAAAAAAAAAACACACACACGGAUCACAAAACGCGCGCACUGCAACUUGAGAUGAUCCACCGGUAUUGGCGUGAGCGAUUGCCAGAAAUCGUCCCUAUCGAUUACAAUUCUAUUUGC